AUGAAACUCUACUGCAAGGUGGUGGCCAUCCUGCUGUGCCUGGGGACCCUGCUGCUGCUCUAUCUCUUCGUGGGCAACGCGGAUGAGCCGCCGCUGAAAGGGGCCGGAGAAACUCGCUGGCUGCCCGUUUCCUCCGGACCUGGGGGCCGCGCCCACCCACUCUUUGCACAUUUCCAACCCGUCCGGGCAGCGCCGGAGGAGGAGGGGGCGGCGGCGGCGGCGGCUCAGAUUUCCAAGCGACAGCCACGUCUCAGCAAAAACCCCGGCAAGCGAAGUCCUGCGAGAGGGAAGUUUGCAAACGUUCGUAGACCUGGGAAACAGAAACACUUGAAAGAACUUCCAUCUCUGCAAUGGAUGCACCUGGCAGUUGUGGCAUGUGGCAACCGGCUGGAGGAGACUCUGAUCAUGCUGAAAUCAGCAGUUCUGUUUAGCUGCAGGAAGCUCAAGUUUCACAUCUUUGCUGAGGAUUCCCUGAAGCCUGAAUUUGAGAAAAAGUUAAGGGAAUGGCCUUCCUCUUACACCAAGAAGUUUGAAUACAAUGUCUACCCAAUUGCUUUUUCAGUAGGAAAUGCUCAGGAAUGGAAAAAAUUAUUCAAACCUUGUGCUGCCCAGCGCCUCUUUCUUCCGGUGAUUUUAAAGGAUGUGGAUUCUCUUCUCUACGUGGACACUGACGUUCUCUUCCUGAGGCCCAUUGAUGACAUCUGGAGCUUUCUGAAAGAGUUCAACUCCACACAGCUGGCUGCUAUGGCCCCAGAGCACGAAAUACCAAAGAUUGGUUGGUAUAGUCGGUUUGCUCGUCACCCUUACUAUGGAACAACUGGAGUCAAUUCCGGAGUCAUGCUGAUGAAUUUAACCCGGAUAAGAAACACACAGUUCAAGAACAGCAUGAUACCAACAGGCUUGAUGUGGGAGGAAAUGUUGUACCCAUUAUACCAAAAGUACAAAAAUUACAUUACAUGGGGAGACCAGGACUUGCUAAAUAUUAUUUUUUACUUUAACCCAGAGUGUCUCUAUGUGUUUCCCUGUCAGUGGAAUUACCGGCCCGAUCACUGUAUGUAUGGGAGUAAUUGUAAAGGCGCAGAAGAGGAAGGCAUAUCUGUUCUCCAUGGUAAUAGAGGCGUCUACCAUGAUGACAAGCAGCCUACUUUUAAGGCACUAUAUGAAGUGAUACGUGAUUUUCCCUUUGAAGACAAUCUCUUCCAGUCCUUGUACUACCCUCUUCAGUCUAAGUUUCUGGAUACUGUACACACUUUAUGUGGGCGAAUUCCACAAGUUUUUCUGAAGCAGAUUGAGAAAACGAUGAAGAAGGUUUAUGAAAAUCGUGUCAUUGUUCAUGUGGGAGCCAACUACAGAUACUAAACAUAGCUAUACUUUAUGUGGUAAUUUUCAUCCUUGUAUCCAAAUCAUUUGAGGCAGAUAAAUUAAAUUGAGGUGGGGCACUGUCAGUUUAAAAUUCAUGUUAUAAAAAAAAAUUGUCUAAAUUGGAACAAUUCACCAAGGAUCAUGGUGGAUUCUCCAUUACUGACCACUUUUAAAUCAAGAUUGGGUGUUUUUCUGAAA